AGUUCAUGUGCUCUGAUGGGGAGCGACGCACAGUGUGGGGAGGGGUGCGCGCUCCGGGGCGGCAGGCGGGGCCCCGGAGAAGAGCGGGAGGAAACGGAGUCAUUUCUGGACCCUCGACUCUGCCAAAGUGCCCGCUGCUUUGUGCCGUCCGCCACGGAAAUAGACAGACGGUUGGAAAAAAAACUGAAGAUCACACAAAAGGAGAGCAGGAAAUCCAAAUCUCCUCCCAAAGUGCCCAUUGUGAUUCAGGACGAUAGCCUUCCCACGGGCCCCCCUCCACAGAUCCGCAUCCUCAAGAGGCCCACCAGCAACGGUGUGGUCAGCGGCCCCAACUCCGCCAGCAGGCCGGCCCUCCCGGUCAAGUCCCUGGCGCAGCGGGAGGCAGAGUACGCGGAGGCCCGGAAGCGGAUCCUGGGCAGCGCCAGCCCGGAGGAGGAGCAAGAGAAGCCCAUCCUCGACCGGCCAACCCGGAUCUCCCAGCCGGAAGACUGCCGGCAGCCCAACAAUGUGAUCAGACAGCCUCUGGGUCCCGAUGGGUCCCAAGGCUUCAAACAGCGCAGAUAAACGCGGGCUGCCAAGGAUGCCGCCGCCCGCUGCAGGCCGCACUGCGGGGGCAGACCGCUGGACUUGAGCAGAGGGAGCGACCGACUGACUUGCACUGUGAUCCCCUUUGCUCCGCCCACUGUGACCUUGACCCCCAUGCACUGUGACCGCCCUUCCCCCUCUUCCCACUGCAAUUGGCGUGUCUACAAGGGCUGUCCCCAGUCAAUGGAAAGGGAAAGGGUGGGGGUUAGAGGAGGGUUGGGGGACCCCCCAGGGACUCAGAGUAGAGAGUCAGGCAGUGCCCCUUGGCCACUUGGGGUGAAGCCAGUGCCAGCAAUAACAGUUUAUCAUGCUCAUUAAUUUGGGAUUUCAAAACGCAGAUGAGAACUCCCGUCCACCACCCUCAAGUGCGUGUCUUCAUCACUUAAAAGCAAGUUCCAUGGGAAAAUAUCCUUUUUUUUUUUUU